AUAGCGGGCAAUAAACGCAUCUCAUCUACAGCCUUCAAUUCGAGUGAUUUUUUUCUCCUUGUAUCUGGAUAUUGUUUUUGAUAAAGCUUCGAAGGCAGUUGAAACACUUUUCAUAUAAGGCCAUGAAAUAUAUUCUCUUGACAUUGUGUUUGUGUUUGUCUUGGAGCCAACUGCAUUGUGAAGAUUUGGCAAACAAAAGCUUCUAUCUUCAGAGGUCUUUGGGCAAAAACAAUGACAUCCUCCUGGUCAUCACUUGGAUGCAAUCUAAGGAUGCAAUAGUGCCAAUGUGCAAAGUAAUUAGCAAUAGGGAGGGUAUUGAUACCCUAAAGAGUAUGGCAGGAGAAGCUCUUCAUUUGGUUUCAGAACAAGAAAUGGAAUAUCUUCUUGAAGAUUGCAGCGCAAUGUCCCGCAAAUUGAGCCCUUCAGAGAACGAAGUUCUCAUAGACCAAGAGCAUCAACAAAAUGGACUGCCUGUUAUAUUCCCAGGUACAAAGUGGUGCGGAGCAGGGGACAUAGCCAAGAAUUACGACGAUCUCGGACUUCACCAGGACACUGACAGAUGCUGUAGAGCUCAUGAUUUAUGUGAUGACAUUUUGUUGGCAGGCGAAACAAGGAAUAAUUUAACAAACAAGUCGCCAUUCACAGCAUUAAGUUGCAAAUGUGAUGAUGAUUUUUACAAGUGCUUGGACAGAGUCAACAGCUUAACUUCUAAUACAGUAGGCAAUAUGUACUUCAAUGUUCUGAGAAGAAAGUGCUACAAACUGGACUACCCGACAACUAAUAAAUGUAUAAAAUACAGAACGUUUCUGAAGAUUACUUGCCUGGAAUACGAAAAGGAUAAGAAAUCUCCAAAAGUGUACCAAUGGGUAGCUGCUAAAAAAUACAAAAAGAUUCCAUUUCCCGGGCCAUUGACGAUUACCUUACCUUCAGGGCGCCAUUGAAAAAUAAAAUUACU